AGGGAGGGCAUCGUCUGUGGCGCGCUUGCUGCGAGAGUUGAAGGAGAUGGCGACGGCGGUGGCGAACGGCAGUCUGACGGACGCAAACGAGAAUGCGGGAGUGGUGCUCAAAAUUCGUGUGGAAAAUUUCAUGUGCCAUGCGCAUCUGGAAAUGGAGUUCAACACGCGGGUGAAUUUCAUCACCGGGCAGAAUGGAAGUGGGAAAAGUGCAAUAUUAACAGCGUUGUGUGUGGCAUUUGGAGUGAAGGCCAGAGCAACACAACGGGCAACUGCCAUGAGGGAUUUUAUACGAAAAGGCUGCAGUUAUGCUUUGGUAUGUGUGGAGUUGCAGAAUACAGGACAUGAUGCAUACAAGCAUGAUGUGUAUGGUGACAAAAUAGUUGUGGAGAGGCGGAUCUUGGACAGCGGCACUAGCACAUUUGCUAUUCGAGAUUGUAGAGGGAAGAAAAUCGCAGAGCGGAAGGAGGAACUUCAAAACAUCGUCGACCAUUUCAAUAUUGAGGUGAACAAUCCCUGCGUGAUCAUGACCCAAGACAAAAGCAGGGAAUUCCUCCACUCAGGAACUGACAAAGACAAGUUCAAGGUAUUUAUAGAUGCCGUAGCUGCCGCCAAGGCUCAACAGGAGGCAGCAGAGGCAGAACGUCAGCGGCUGGCCAAUGAGGCGGCAGCCCAAGCUCAGCAGACUGCUGAGGCUGACGCAGCGGCACGAGACCAACGGAAUGCCGCCAGUACGGAGUCCCUGAUUCAUAGUGGAAGUCAGUGGACAACGUUCCUCCAAGGCAUGAUCUUUGUGCCUUCGGACGCGCAGGCAGAUCCGACUCCGGCGGAGGCAGAGAGGACUCACCUGGCUAACUUGAUGCUGGGCAUGAUGAGAGGCAUCAUGUGGAAUAACACACUGCUGCAGGCACAUCUGCGCACGGAACGACAGCAGCGACAAAAGUACCAGCAAGACAUUGUUGUUUUAACAACUGCCAUCCACGCCGAAGCAACGCAGCAGCAGCAACAGCAUCAGCUGUUGAACUCCGCUCUCGCACGCAUCAAUAGCAUUGAGGCUAACGCCUCAGCAGCGCCAGGCUGCACGACAGACGCGCCGAAGCAACUCAAUGAGCGCAUCGAUCACGUCGUCACCAUCAUCGGCGACAUAGGUGUUUUCACUGGGCCGGACACGAUCAGUAGCACGGUGGCCGCCAUCAAGACGGACAUCACCAAGCUGCAGACGAGACUGGACGCCGCUACAAAGACUUACAAGAUGCCGCACUUCGACAUCAGCAAGUUCGACGACUACAACAAGUCGGACGCCUUGACAUGGUGGCAACGUUUCCUCACGGAAGCAUCAUGCCGCACUGUCCUGGCAGACGACAUGAUGAAGGCACUCUACUUGCAACUAAUUGGAGGAGCGCAGGCUUGGAUGAACCAUCUGGCGGCUACCAACAAAUGCACCAUCGCCAAAGUCCACACGCACAUCACGUGGAAAGAGUUUGAGAAGCUAUGGUUCACCCGGUUCAUGGUCCGCAAUGUCGUGAAGGCGGCCAUGAACGAGGUGUACACCUGCUCUCGAGGAAAUAUGCCAACUCGAGACUGGACAACCAAGUGGCAGAAGAUAGUGACCACGCUAGGAUUCGAUUUGAGUUUUCCAAAUCAACAAUCCGAGUUCUUCUCGCGAUCGUGCGCGGGACUGCGGUCGACACUCGGCAACGAGUACGAUGAUGACACGUUCCAGGCCAUUUUGGAUCGUGCGAACUUAGUCAUCCAAACGGAUGACAAGGCCGCAAACAAACGACAAUCCCAGCCGCAUUAUGUGGCUAAGCAGGGCUAUCAACGUCCGGCACAUAACAAUGUCGUGAUUUCUGAAGAAACAGACGAUCUCCACGCUGCAGCAACAUCCUCGAGUGAUGGAGGAAUUGUAGCAGCGCUCCGGCCGAAGCGUCCCAAGAGAGUUCGGAAGAACAAGGCGACACAAGAGACAACAUCGACGGGAACUGGGCAGCAUUCAUGGACGGCUUACAAGAUAACCAAGGAUGUCUAUGACUUUCGUCAAAACGUCCUCAUCUACCUUGAUGACAUCUUGGUUUAUAGUAGGACGUUGGACGAGCACAUCGUACACCUUCGCUUUGUUCUGCAUCGUUUGCGACUAGCCAAGUACAAAGUGAAUCUCGACAAGUGCGAAUUCGCCAAGCAAGAGCUUGAGUACUUGGGUCAUUUUGUCAGGCCGAAAGGCAUUCGUCCCUUAGCAGACAAAAUCCAAGCCAUCGUGGAUUGGCCGGAACCCCGUUGCACGACGGAUGUACGCUCUUUCAUGGGUUUGGCUGGAUAUUAUCAGCGAUUCGUCGAGUCAUACUCGAAAGUGGCSGCUCCUUUGUCGAGACUUCAGUCCCCGAAGGUGCCCUUCGAGUUCGACGAUGCAGCCCGUGGCGCGUUCACUACGUUGAAGGCAGCAAUGCAAGCCGCACCUGCCCUCCGUAUAUAUGACUCCACCCUACCCACCCAAGUCACUACGGACGCUUCGGGAUACGGUAUUGGUGCGGUGUUGGAACAGUGUCACGAGGACGGUUGGCAUCCGGUUGAGUAUUUCUCCCAAAAGGUGCCUCUCGUCAACACUCUCGACGGCGCUAGGAAGAAAAAGCUACUCGCGUUCGUCACCGUUCUCAAAUGGUGGCGCCACUUUCUUCUCGGCCGUCGGCGUUUUAAAUGGAAUACGGACAACAAUCCGUUGACCUUUUAUAAAACGCAAGACACGGUCACUAGCACGAUCGGUCGAUGGAUGUAUUACAUCGACCAGUUCGAUUUUGACCCGUGCCACAUUCCCGGUCCCGCCAAUCGAGCUCCGGACGCCCUCUCACGACGGCCCGACUUUUGUGCCGUUGUGACCACGACAUUCGACCUCGAUGACGAUCUGCAGCCGCAUUUCGUCAAAGGCUACAAGUCUGAUCCAACUUACUCUAAGCUUUACGCGGAGCUUUCAUCGGAUCACCCGCCGGCUAGCCACUAUCGGAUUUCCGACGGGUUCCUUCUCCUUCACACGAGAGGAAAGGACUUGUUAGUUGUGCCCCAAGAUCGCAUCUUACGAACUCGUCUUCUCGGCGAAUUCCACGACGCACGACUUUCGGCACACCUUGGCUUCUUUUUUGAGGCAACAAUGUUGCAGCAGGUGACCAUGGAGUUGGAUGAAACGAAGGAAAAAAUUGAGCUGGGGGAGGAUCUGAUCAGACGAUGGGCAAAAGAUGACCUUGAGCCUCUGCGAACAGAGCUCACAGCCCUAGAUGCACAAUUGAAAGAGGCCCAGGAGAUAACUCAGCUGCAGAGUGAGAUAGAGAGUCUGAAGAAGAAAUUGGCUUGGUCAUAUGUUUACAAAAAAGAUGCGGAGAUUGCAGAGGCCAUUAAAAAAAUACAGGAAUUGGAGGAAAGGGUGGUUAUUGUGCAGCAGAAAAUCCUUGACGAAGAGGAGAAAAGAAAGCAAGCUGAAGAGGUGGUGGAGGCAAAGAGGUUGGAAAUAGAACAAACAAGAGGGGAAACUAGUCUGCAAGAGAAGCGUGAUGUCUUCAAGAAACAGCUAAUGGAGGCGGCUCAAAAAGUGUCACGAUUUACAAGUGACAUUGAGAACAGGAAGAAGCGGAUUGAGAACUUGAAUCGCCAGAUUGCGCAUCAGGAGCAGAAAAUCAGGAGAGUGAGGGAGCGGAUGGUACAAGAGAGCCAGGCUGAAACUUCCGAGCGGGAGAAGCGGAUUGCGGAGAAACAGGCAAAAGUGGAGAAUCUGACAGCAGAACUGAAUCGGUUGAUCACAGAAGAGAGAGCAUGUGAAGAACGUAUUCAGGAUGUACAGGCUGCAAUGGAGCCGGUAGCACUGGAGCUGGAGGAACACAGGAGUCGGAUCAAAGAUUACGAGGGAAUGAUCAGGCGAAUGAGAGCCCAGCAAGAGAACAGGGUAACAGGGUUCGGGAGGAAUGUGCCGGGACUUUUGCGUGAAAUUGAACGCCGGAAACGAAAUUUUCAUAGGCAACCAAUUGGACCCAUUGGAUCUUUAGUGAGCCUUUUGGACCCGAAUUGGGCACAGGCGAUUGAAGUGGCGCUUGGGAGAGCACUCGAGGCAUUCAUCGUGCAUGACCACCAUGAUGCAAAGGCUCUGCGCGAGUGUGCCAAAAGCUCUAACAACCACCAGCUGGCUAUCUACAUCUCCGAGUUUGAUGAACCAAUGUGUGUGGGUGUGGAAGGGGAGUUCAUCAACCCUCCAUCGGCUCCUGAAGAAGACUAUGCCAUGCACUUAGUUUCUUCGAUAGGGAUUGAGAGGCAAGUGCUCAUGGCGACGUAUAACGAUGCCAAACCAGUGGCGUGGAGAAGAGGACCGACGAAGAUAAAAGAAUGCUUUACUGCCGAUGGGACAAGAAUGUUCCUGAGGGGCAAUCAAGAGGUAGUCUUGAACACGGAUGCGAAGAACCCAAGACUUGGAGUUGAUCUUGGACAAUUACUACAACAGGCAGAGGAAAAGAAGGGUGGUACAAUUCAGGCUGCAAGUGGUCUGGAGUCCCGGAAGCGGGCUCUGAAUGAGGAGCUUACAGCUGCAAGAGGGAACCUGCAUGCUGCAAAGAGAAGGAAACAGGAGCUGUCAAGACGGGUUGAUGUGGAGAAAAUCGACUUGGCAGAGCUGGAAAAAGCUGCACGAGAGGAAGCACGAAAACCGCCUGAUAUGGAUGUUGAUCUUAUGGAAGAAGAAAUUGCAAGCCAUCGUCGUGACAUAGAAGAACUGCAGAGCCCCUUGGAAGAGUUGCAUAACGAGUGCGCAAAAGCGAAGGAAGCUCAUGAUGACGCACGCAAUCAGAUUGAUAAGACACAUGAUGAAGCAAUCGCGCAGAAAAAUAUAUCAGAGACUCUGGAAAAGGAGCUGAUGAACCUGCAACAGUCAGUGGAUGAAGCAAAACGGGAUGCUGCCCACUACAAGCGCUUUUUGUCGAAUGAUCUCCAGAAGCAGAUUACUGAAGUUAAAGCUAAGGAGGAUGUUCUGAAAAAGGAACGAGCGGAGAUAGCAGCUAAGGCAGCCCAGUUCUGUGAUGAAGAAGAGGUUGCGAUGGAUGCGGAAGCUCAGAACAGUCCUGAGCGACUCAAAGAAAGGAUACAACGUCUUCAGACCAGAGCUCAGCGUGAGGAGAAGAGGGUGCUUGGGAAUUCUGUGAGCCUGGAUACGCUGGUGCGUACGCAUGACAGGCUGAAGAAGCGUGUGGACAGACUGGAAGCGAACAUAAGCCGGCAGGAAGAGAAUUUAAAGCAUAUGGCAAAGUCCUUGCAGCUUCGACUGAGGAGGUUGCAGAAAACUGCGAAGAAUAUGGCACGCCAGGUGGAAUGGGGGUUCCGGACUUUUCUCCAUGGGAGAGGCUACACGGGGACGCUGGAGGUGGAUUACCAGAAGCAGGAAAUGAAGGUUGAGGUUCAAAUGCCUGGUAAUGCCAACAGUGCAAGGGACACGAAGGCUCUCUCUGGUGGAGAGCGAUCUUUCGCAACAUUGGCAUAUGCAUUGACCCUCCACGAGCUGGUGGAAGCACCUUUCCGUGCAAUGGAUGAAUUCGACAUUUUCAUGGACUCCGUCAGCCGGAGAAUCAGCUUGAAGAAGGUUGUUGAUUUCGCGAUAGAGAAUGGUAACCAAUGGAUAUUCAUCACUCCACAUGACAUCAGCUCGAUUCAGCCAGGCCCUUAUGUGAAGAAGCAGCAGAUGCAUUCCCCCCGUCCAUAGCAAUAAGAGGAGGAGGGAGGAGGAGGAGGAGCAGAGGAGGCGUUAGGAUGGAGGUAAAGGAUGACAGUGUUCAUCGGAAAGAGUUUUCAGGCUUUUCAUUUCCUGUACUUCUUCUCCACCCUUGUAAACAUCGUGUAAGAUAGAGCAUGAGAUGUAAAUCCCUUUUUUGUCUUUCUGACUCAGGUUGAUGCAUGUUUUUUUUUCGUUUUUUCUUUUCACUUGUUUUGUUUUUCCGGUGCAUCGAGCACAUGCUGAUUCAGGGAAUACUCAUUUCAGGACUUUCCGGCACAUUUUGAUUUAGGGAAUACAGUCCGAAUACUCACUUCAGGGCUUGAUUUCAUGUAUCCAUCUGGCUGUACUCAAGGCCAGAUUCAAUUGAAAAGCUGGGUGUAAUCAAAGACCGGCACCUGGCUGUAAUCAAGGCCAGAUUCGAUU